AUGCGAAGUAAUUUCAUUAUGAAUAUUGAUAAUUCAAAUAAUAUACAUCAUAUUAUAUUAUCAGAUUUACAAGAUUGGCCAUUCAAUGGUAUAUUAGAUGUGGAACCAUUAAAAUUUCCUUUAGAUAAAUUAUCAAUUCAAUUAAAUGAUGAUUGUGAUAUUGAACGUGUGGAUUUUUUUACUGGUGAACAAUUACCAAUAAAUGAUAAUAAUUCCUACGUAAUAAAAUUCAAUGAAUCACAAGUUGAAACUAAUAAUGAAAAUCAUCAGUUAACAUCUAUCAUAUCUCAUCUCAUUAAUUCCAUUGAAGCUUAUCAUUUAGUAAUAUCUCGUAUGCAUCCAGGUGCACAUCGUUCAGUUACAUUUAGUACUUAUUCAUCAUCAAUAAAUUAUUUAACUGAUCUAAUUAUUCCAAUGAAUCCUUGUUUACAAUGUAUUACAUUAGAAGCUAUAUUCAUAGAUAAAUCAUUCAAGAAACCAAUAAAUUCUACAAAAUUAAUAGCUGUAUCUACUGAUAUAAGUCAUUCUGCUUUAAUAUUACGUGAUAUUUAUCCACCAAUUAAAUUUGCUCAUUUACGUAUUUCUAUAGUUGGUCGAUUAGAUUGUCCAUUCACUAAAGCACGUAUUCAUUUAGGUGCAUAUUUUGGACAAAAUGGUAUAUGGGAACAAUUCAUACAUCCUUUAAUGAAAACAAAUUCUAAUAGUAUUGAUUUAAUACAAUAUUUAGAAAGUAUUGUAUUAAAUAAAACAAUGAAAUACAUUUCAAUUCAACAAUGUUUAAUGAAUACAUUAGACCAAUUUGAUAAGAAUAAAAAAAUAUCCAGUAUAUCAUUAGAUAGUGAUAAUAUCCAAAUAUCAUCACUAUAUAAACAAUGCUAUAGUUUACAAUAUCAGUUGAAUUGGAUAGAUCGUACAUUGAAUCGUUUAAGAAAAAUAUAUCAACCUGAAAAACUGCGUGAAUAUAAGAGUCGAAUUCAUCAAAUGUCUAAUGAACAGAUAAGAAUGGAUUUGUAUCCAGAUAAAGUGAAGUAUGUUUUGGAACAUUGUUUACUGUGUUUGUUAAGUCAUGCAAAUGAAAUCUGGUCAGUGAUAGAACCUCUUUCAUUAUUAACCCAAUCAACAGGAGUUUCACCAUUAGACGAUGAGAUUACACCUUUUUAA